UUCAUUGGGAAAAUAACAUAAUCUCUACAGCUCGACUUUUAACGAAUUGCGCGUGCGAUGGGGUUGAAAACCUAAAUACUGGACAGAACUUAUAGUGUCUGAUAGGCGAGCAGGAGAACACUGCAGCUUCGCUCCACUGGCUUUUUUCCAGUAGGGAAAAAUCUCUGAACACACACCCAUUCGGGCGAUGCUCGUUUUCCAGCCUGACAGCGUGGCUCUCUGAGGCUCUGACAAUGGCGAAGAAAUCGGCCAACGGAGACCUCUCUCGCUCUCCGUCGCAGGAGAAGAAAAAGCCGAAGGUGGGUUUCGUGGGAGUGGAUGCCAGCGGCGCGGAGACGAGUCGGGACGGCGCGCUGCUGAUCGGGAGCGGAGAGAGCGCGCGCCGGAGCUCCAGCGGCAGGAUGGGUCUAUACAGAGCGCGAGCGGGCUUGGGCGGCGCGCGCGGGACUCACCGACGCAGCGCGGGCUACCGGAGACUGCAGAAUUUUCUCUACAACGCACUGGAAAGACCGCGAGGCUGGGCGUUCGUCUACCACGCUUACGUCUUCCUGCUGGUGUUCUCCUGCCUUGUCCUUUCGGUAUUUGCUACUAUUAAAGAGUUCAAAAACAGUUCAGAGAAUGCCUUGUACAUUCUGGAAAUUGUGACCAUCGUGGUGUUUGGUGUGGAGUAUAUAGUGAGGCUCUGGGCUGCUGGCUGCUGCUGUCGCUACAGAGGAUGGAAAGGGCGGCUGAAAUUCGCUCGCAAGCCUUUCUGUGUUAUAGAUAUCAUGGUGCUGUUUGCCUCCGUGUCUGUGCUGGCUGCUGGCUCUCAGGGCAAUGUGUUUGCCACCUCGGCCAUACGCAGUCUCCGGUUCCUGCAGAUCCUCAGGAUGCUGCGAAUGGACCGUCGAGCAGGAACAUGGAAACUACUGGGAUCUGUGGUCUAUGCGCAUAGCAAGGAGCUCAUCACUGCAUGGUAUAUAGGCUUCCUCUGUCUCAUCCUAGCCUCUUUUCUGGUGUACUCAGUAGAGAAGGAUAAUAAUUCAUCGAUGUUUGAGACCUACGCUGAUGCUCUCUGGUGGGGCCUGAUCACUUUGACCACGAUUGGUUAUGGGGACAAGUAUCCUGUCACAUGGAAUGGACGGCUGAUUGCCGCAACCUUCAGCUUGAUUGGUGUGGCUUUCUUUGCUCUUCCAGCAGGGAUUCUAGGCUCAGGCUUUGCUCUGAAGGUUCAGGAGCAGCACAGACAGAAGCAUUUUGAGAAACGCCGGAACCCUGCUGCAAGCUUGAUUCAGGCUGCCUGGAGAUUCUAUGCAACAAACCUCUCUCGAACAGACCUGCUGUCAACUUGGGAUUUUUACGAGCAGACAGUAUCUGUUCCAAUGUACAGACUGAUCCCUCCUUUCAAUCAGCUGGACCUCUUGCGCAGUCUGAAGGGCAAGUCUGGAUUCAGGAAGGACUCACAGCCUGAAGCUUCCCCCAGUAGUGAGAUUUCACACAAAGACACCCUCUGUGGGUGUUGCCCGAGAACCAAUAGCCGUAAACCAAGCAUAAAAGACAAAGCAUUCACCAGUCCCUCUAAGAGUGCAGGGGGAAAGGAGACCAAAUCACCUGGAGCAGAUGAGGGAGCAGGAGAAAGUCCAAGCAAAGUGCCAAAGAGCUGGAGCUUCACUGAGCGAAACCGCUCCAGACAUUCCUUUAAGACGAAAGAGGGUCGGACCUCAGAAGAAGCGAGUCUUCCUGAGGACUUUAAUGAUGAUAGAAAUUAUGAAUUUCUGCAAGAUCUGUCUCCUGCACUGAAAGCCACCAUAAGGGGAAUCUGUAUCAUGCGUUUCCUGGUGUCUAAGAGGAGGUUUAAAGAGAGCUUGAGGCCGUAUGAUGUAAUGGAUGUGAUUGAGCAGUAUUCAGCAGGCCAUCUGGACAUGCUGUCUCGCAUCAAGAACCUGCAGUCCAGGAUAGAUUUGAUUGUGGGCCCCCCACCCCCUUCGACCCCUCGCCAUAAGAAGUACGUAAUCAAAAGGCACAAACGGUUUGCAGUUUGCCAUUAUUGAACAGCAUUGCAAUGCCAUGGUUUUAAUCUUAAUGCUUUCUGCUCAAGUUAAUUGUAGUACAAUAUUGUAGUAGUAUUUUUGGUCAUGACUGUUGUCUUUAAAUGCCUGUAAAUACGCAAAAUACACACACACACAAAAAAAACGCUGCUGUUAAAGCUACAAAAACAUGUAAAUGCUGUCCAAUAAUUCUGUGUUCACAUGAGUGAGCAUAUACUCUAAUUAGUGGGGGACUAAUACAUUUAUGCAUGCCAUUCUUGCAUUUGAAAAGGAAAAUCAACCCAACCAUUAACAAUAGAAUCAGUGAAGCAUGAAGCAUCAUAAGGCAUGGUACCAGGUAAUAUAUUUUGAACAUUCUUCAUUUGUUCUCUUUUCUAAAACUUUUUUCUAGUGAUUAUGUCAAAGGUGUUGCAAUUUCAUAGCUGGAAUUAAGUAUAAUUAAUACAUCACCACUCAUCUGGGUGGAUCUCUCUGCAUUGCAAUAUUGUUUUCCAUGUGACCUUGUCAACUUUGACAGAGUGAUCACUUGCAGCAAGAGCACAGGGGAUGCACUUGCUUUUCCCUCACUGAGAUAACUAGCCAGCUUGAGAACUAGAUAACUACAGGUCUUGCUAACAGAAGUGAUUGUAUGUUUUGAGAAACUUUACUUAUGAUAUAGGUUACAAUAAUAAUACAACUGUCUCACAAUAGAACCCAGUAAUAAAAAAUUGAGAGUUGACAACAUGCAGUCAUCCAGCAUAUAGUCUAGCAGCUAACCAGAGUUGGCAGGUUUCAGCACACUUUCCAGCCCAGCUAUAUCCACCACACAAACCACACAUGACCUAAAACUAGUUGAAAAAAUUUACACGAGAUGCAUUUUCCUUUGUGUGAGAAACCAGGUUACUGUGUGUGUGCACAUGCAUUUCUGAUGUAGAGCAUUAUACACUCCAUAAUCCCCCCUUCCUUCUCCCAGUCAUUACAAUAUAAUGCCUUUGUUAAAUGGAAAUGUUUUAAUAUUAAUGUAUUAAUGCAUUGGUCUCGGCUUGUGUAAAAUCCAUCCCGAGAAUCUCAUUUUGAGACAAGCUUUGCACUUUUUUAAAUUAUAAUUAAUCAAAUAAGAACCACAUGCACCUCAAAUCAAAGAUGCUAUCUUUAAAAUGUAGUCGGUUAUGCUUUAAUGAUGCUUACAUUUAUAUUUCGAUUCAUGCAUCAAGAAAAUAGUCUACAUACACUAGGCAGAAGAGAUGUGAAGCAUCUGAUGAUGUGAAGCAUGAUAUAAUGUAUAGAAAAACAAACUAAUUUUUAAGCAGAAACCUAAAACCUUAAACAAGAUAUUUACAGGAUAUAAUGUAUGUUGUUUUGCAUCCCCCUCUUGCAGGUGUGCACUCUUAAAGCCUAAUGACAAAUUGAAAGCAGGAAUUAAUUUGUUCUUAACUCUGUGUAACUACUAGAACAAUCAUUUGUUAGUAAUUAGCAUAAUAUUGUACAUAAAUUUGUUUAUUCAAUAACUAAGACCAGACAUGGAAAAUUAUAGAUAAUUAAAUCAGGUCAAGAAUAAACCCACAUAGAUAAACCAUGUGCUUUGCUCAUUAAUACAAACUGACUGAUAUAAAGCUUCAGAGGAAAAUUUUAGAGGUUAAAUCUUAUGAGGUUAAUGGCAGCUUUUGUGAAAUAUGCGUAUCAGUAAACUGACCAAUGUUUUUAACAAUUUUGUCAGGAUCAUACUUGGGCAUGGCAGCCACAGAUACAGAUGGUGCUCCACAAGUGGGUUAAAAUCUCGAUACCUUUCGGGCAGGUUCAGAUCCUAAAAUUUAUAGCUGGCUCUACAAACAAACCUCCAAUAAGGUGAUAAUAUAAACCCCUCCCACCCAUCCGAAGGGAAAUGGCAAAGGGAAAUUGAUGAGGGCACAAGGAAACAGUAUUGGAAUACAGAAUCAUGGUUUAAUACUUUCUCCAAUCUUGCUCUUGCAGAGACUGUGGCGCUAACCCUUUUAAUCAGAUGCUGUAUGUGACAUAGAGAGCAUGAUAAUGAUGAACACUGUAGCACUGUUUUGCAUGUUUCAUUUUCCAAAAAAAAAAAAUAAAAAAAAAUAGAAAGAAAGAAAGAAAGAAAGAAAAUGAAAGAAAAAGGCAAAGUCAUCCAGGGACCAUGAUGUCCUUCCAUAUAACCAACAAUUUUUCACUGCAUGAUCCAGUGCAUAUUCUUAAACAUUUGCAUCCCUUUUUUUAUUUUUAAUACAAAGGACAGUUCACUGUUGCUUAUGUGCCUUUUUUUGAACAUUAAAUAUUUGUGAGGAAGAUACACUGUAUAUUAGCUCUAGAUAGAAGAGAUUGUUUCAUGAAUUGUCAGGGUGGACCAGAUAGUGGGAAAGGGAGUAUCAUCAGGGGAUAAGGAGAAACCCAAGAGUGAUACGGCUCAGGAAAAUGACCCCAGCAUGAUGGGCCGAUUUUUCAGGAUGGAGAAACAGGUAAGUUAAUUUUUUUAAAAACUCA